AUGCGGAAACCCCGCCUACUGUUUUGGCUUACUUCGAAAAGAGCCGCAAUUGCCGCAGUCACCUUAGUGCUGCUGCAGCUGUCGUUUUUCCUACUUGGAGAUGGUUCCAUUGUAAUAGAAGUGUUCCGUGACGGAUCUGCUCAUAAAGUUGCACAACAGCUCGCCAGCCUGACGGAGGCAUACACAUCACAUGCUCUGAAUUCCAGCGUCGGCCUCGUCCUCGCGUCUCUUCGCAGCGAUGAUUUGACCUGGCUUCUCGAUUAUUGCUAUGAAAGCGGCAAUACGCCAUUCAUUUACACUACGGAAAAGACUCCCGAGGCUGGUCUCCUCGUCCCUUCAACUUUACGUGGUCGAGAGUCACCGGCCUAUCUCUCUUACGUAGUCGAUUAUUACGAUCAUCUCCCCGAUUACUCUGUCUUCGUGCACGCAUACCCCGAACAAUGGCACAACGAUCUCUUUGGUCCACUCACCCACAACACCCUGAGAAACAUCCGCUUUGAGUCGGUGGACGCGCAUGGAUACAUUAACCUGCGAUGUCAACAUAAUCCAGGUUGCCCGACAGGUAUAUACCCCCUCAGUCCGACCCAAGCUGAUAUCGACAAUCACGACAUCCGCGCAUAUUUCUCCGAUGCGUAUCAGCAAAUCUUCAAUGUCUCGGUGGAUAAAGUGCCCAGAGAAAUCGGAAACGUGUGCUGCGCACAAUUCGCCGUCAGUCGUGACCGGAUUCGAGCGCGACCCAAGCAGGAGUAUCAACGGAUCUUGGACUGGGCGGCGACGACGGACUUGACCGACGAUUUCGGUGUGGGCUGGGUCCUGGAGAAGUUGUGGCAUAUCAUCUUCGGUAUGGAUGCAAUAUAUUGUCCUCGAUAUGAGCAGUGUCGCUGCGAUACGUAUGGAUGGUGUGGACCUUUGCCCUCGGGGAGGUGUUACAAGCAAUCACGAAUAGCGACCGUUGAGCUGCGCAAACUUCCAGAUGGAAUCAUCAUCAUGUGUAUAUUGAAUAUAUAA